CCCUGACCCGCAGGUCACAAAAUUGAACAUUAUAUACACUUCUUUCUUGCUUAUUUUGUGAAAACUUUAAAAAUAUUCUUGUCCUUAACUCUAGGAUCUAGGGCUACCACAUUUUGUAUGUAGUGAGAUAUAGUAGUUCUCUAUGUGUCCAAUAAUUAUGUUGAUGAAGGUGGCAGUGGUAAUGACUUGAUAUGUCUGUGAGAUAUGAAUGCCAAAGUCUUCGUUUUACAUAACAUGAAUUUUUAUGUAAAAGUGGUGGUUCUUCAUAAAUUCUACAUGUUCUUUGCAAAUGAUGACCUCUACAAAGUUGUUCCAGGAGUACCAUAUUGCCUGACAAUCUUUUGUUUUAUUGUUAACUUAAACUGUACUUGAUUCUAGCAUGCCACUAUACUUCUUUGAAGUAAUUUGAGCAAAUUUCUCACUGUUUAGUACUGUAUACAUUGUUUAAGGUACAUUAUAAUUUCACAUUUUGUAGGUGGACUUCAAUAUGUAUGAUCUACUUAUGCUGCCGCAAUGUAAAGGCAACAAUCACUGGGUUUUGCUGGUUGCAAGUGUUAUGUCCAGGACUGUAACCAUUUACGACUCGUUGGGUGGUAACAACAAGGCCUUGUUCGAUUUGUUCUGCAAGUUCAUGUGUCAACGAGCGCAAAUUGUGAAAGAUGGCUUGGAAAAAAUCAGUUCAGAGUUCAAAGCGCCACCUUGCAACAAACAGCGCCAUGGAAAUAGCUGUGGAGUGUUUGCAUUGAUGACUGCCAAAUGUUUGGUCAUGAAAAAGCAUCCCACAAUGUUGUGACAGGCCCAUGAUUCAGUUUUUCGAGACUAGUCGUGAGACGCAGACUUCUGAUUCAUGGAGUGCGGCAAACAUAUCUGUGCGACUCGAUCACUUUACUGUAAAGACCCGCACGGCAUUAAAAUGGAUAUUAUCAAUAUGUGUUGUUGCUCGAAAAUAUGUUUUUGUAGCAGGAAGUGCUUUGGGCUCGAUUAAUCUGAGAACUCAACAAAAUAUUAUUAAAAUCCUUCUGUGCCUUUUAGUUUUGAAAACAGAAGUAGCCAGUUGGUAUUACACAUCUCCUAAACAAGUACAGCACGAUAAAACUUAAGAUUUUAUAAUCCUUAAUUUUUAUAACGUCUUUAUAUCCACACAAAAAUAUUGAUGAUUGUGGUGCUCAGAUUGCAAAACCACUUGUUUGGCAAAAAUAAUGCAGAUGGUUAGAUUAUGAUAAGUGCAAGAAAAAAAGAAUAACUCUGGAGAUAAUAAUUGAUACGAUAAUCAUUGCUUGACAGAAUCACA